AUGACCUCUCACAACUCUCACAGUCUCGACCUUGAUGACCAUGUGGACCACUCGCAAGGGCCACAUCUGCAACAUCCUCCGAAACUGAGACUGCAAACGCAGACAUCGCACCAAACUGCGGCACCCUACUCUCCAUCUCCUCUGACUCCCACUGCUUCAUCGGAACUUGACUUCGACAGUCAAGACGGUGUCUUUGGUCCGCCACCCGUAGCCCGGCCGCAUGGUCGCCCGGUCGUUAUCGAGGGCCCUUACUGCCGCGUUUCUGAUAUUCCCCCUUUGGCUCCCUACCAACAACCAGGCUGGGAGGUUUCGAUGAGUGCCGCCAUGGUCACCGACUUCCGCGACGAACUGGCCCGCCUCGACGGCGUAAUCACCCCAGGCGUUGACAACACCCCGUUCAUCCAGUACGCCAUUGAGGCUCUCACCCGCGACCGGGACACGGGCUACUCAACCGCCGCCCCUUCUGGCAGCUCAGGGACCGUGCUUGGUCCCGGGCAGCAUCGACACUCUUAUCAACCCGGACCGAACCAUCAACAUUCUCGCAGACCGGUUUCUCUGCCGCCUCGCCCUGCGGUUGUUCAUCCUCCUGCUCCUGCUGAGGCUGCUCGGCUCCAAGCACAGCAGCACCAUUUCCCGCUCCCCUACAUUCCCGGCCCUCGAGAGUCGGCCCACUCUCUCGCCGAGAGCUUACUCAAGAAGGGACCACGGCCUCCUCAACCACACGAGUGGAUGCCCGUUGAAACCGAGGAUCUUCUUACCAACGGUGCCGCCUUACCGCCGCUGACCUUCCGCCCAUGGCCUCUGCGAGCACCAGCCCUGUUUGGCUUCAUGGCAGUAUGCGUCCUCAUGAUCGCCGCCUUGAUCCUGAGCGCCGUCUACUCCCAUCUCCAUCAAGGGCUGCGAGAGUGGGAGACCAUUUAUGGCGGCCGCUACUUCCUCUUCCGCCUCCUACCCCAGCUCAUGGCUGCUGGCAUCCUCCUCUACGCCCAGUUUUUGGUCACAACCGUGUUCCGCAUGCUGCCUUUUGUUCGGUUAGCGUCUAAAAUACCUGCUGAGAGGGAAGGCGCCUUGUUUCAGGAGCUAUAUCCUUCGUUUCUGUGGCCGCGACUGGUUGGGCCGUGGAACGUCUGGGUCCCAGUUCUCGUCACAUGGCUGAUGAACUUCACGCUUUCCCUACAGAGCUCGCUGUUUACCGUCAUUCUGGUGGAUGGCAUCUGGACAUGGGCAACGGUCCAGGGUGUUGCCUGGACGCUUGUGGCGCUGUAUCUCGCGCUGCUGAUCUCCACCGUCCUGGUCUGGCGGUACUGGGCCACCCUCGAGACCACUGGGCUCAUCUGGGACCCCAGGUCUCUCGCCGACAUCGCCUCUCUGGUUUCAGAGACAAACACAGCCGAAGAUUACCGGGGGACCCAGCUGGCACGCUCGCGAGACGGCAUCCGAUUCGCCCUACGCCGCCGCACGGCGGACAGACUGUGCUACUGGACUUGGAAAGACGGCCGGCACGGCUUUUGGCACACCCUCGGCAGCCCGAUGGACGAGACCAACCUGAUCCCCGUCCCCGACCUCACCGCCGGCCAGCGCAUGCAGCGCCUUGACGAAAAGCACGACCAGGCCGCCCUCCCGGACACCGACCCUGCCCACCACGACAUCGAAUCCACACACCAGCGGAACCGCUACCUCCCCUUCCCCUUGCGCACUUCCCAGCUCCUUUGGCACACCCUCACAGGGACCAUCCUCCUCCUCGCCAUUUUCAUCGCCACCUUUCUCCCCGCAACCCGCAUCGCAGCGGGCUUCCCCCCGAAGCUGUCCUCCGCCCCGCAGCCGGGCGCUUUCUCCCCGGCCGACUUCCUCUACAGCUUCCUUCCCGCCCUGCUCGGGACUAUUGCCUUCCUCUCCUUCCAGCCGCUCGACACCCACCUGCGCGUAUUGCAGCCCUGGGCCGCGCUCUCCUCUGACCAAGUAAGGGGUGCCGAUGCCGAGAGUUCCCUGCUCGCAGACUACGCCGCCUGCGGCCCCUGGGGCGAGUGCACGCUGCGGGCGCUGCGGAACGGGCAUUGGCGCGUCGCCGUCGUCUCGCUUCUCUCGGGGCUCUUUGUGCUCAUUCCUGUGCUGGCCGGGGCCAGUUUCAUGGCGCUGACUGUCGCUCCGGCGGCGACGGAUGAUGGUGGUGGUGGGUCGUCGUCAGCCGAUGGGUGGGAGGAGCAGGAGGUGCGCAUGUUUGUAAACAUGCCGGCGUAUGGGAUCUUGUUGGGACUGCUGGUGCUGUAUGUGGUCGGCUUGGCGGUCCUGUUCCCCCGGCGCAAGGCAUUCCGGAUGCCACAUGCUGUUACCUGCCUGGCUGAGGUGGUGGGGUAUCUGGUGAACUCCGAGAUCAGGGAGGAGCCGGCUUUUAAGCGGUGUGUGAGCCGGCAGGAGAUGGCCGGGAAGUUGGGGUUCGGGAGCGGGUCGCCGGCCGGGAUGCAGAGCUGGUGGGUGUUUGGGUUUGGGGAGACGGGUGGUAUGGGUGGCGGCGAACUGGGGGUGAGGAGGGUGAAAAGGUUUACCGAGAAGAGGAGAGUGAGGAAGAGUCAGAUUCGGAGGCCUCUUCUGUGA